UCGCAGGGAUUAUCAAAUUUCCCGCCAAAAUGUUCAUUCUUUGUCCUCCGGCAGGGCAACAUGGCGAUCAUUGCAGGCGAGGUGAGAUCUUCUUUAUUUUUCCCUUUUUAUCGUUUGCUAGUAGCUUAUAUGAAUGGCUUUUAAUCAUUUGACGUUCAUGCUUAAAGUCUGUAUAGUAAUCGCAGAGCACUUUCGAAUGGGAGAAAUUAUUGAUCAAGUCAUUUUGAAUUCCACAUGCUUGAAUCGCCAACACACAGUCGCCGUGUAAAUUGACGCUUCAAAAAUCCCUUGAAUGAAAGUUUGAGCUCUCUGUGUUUAUUGUCGAUUUUUUAUGCGAAAUUCACAGCGAAGAUGGUAGACGAAAUGUACAGCAGGUGACCGUUCUAAAACAGUAAAUUUCAUCGCGGUUGCUGAUUUCAACACGACGCUGGUUUGCGCCAUCUUGCUUGCCCGGUCAUAUUAUAAACACUUUGGCCAGUGGCCGAGCGCUUUAAUUUUCAGGUCGUGUGACUGAAAAAAAAAAGUUGAAAUCUUCAUCAUAAUUUCUUUAAGAUUUUUACGUAGUCUGCUAUAUUUUAUAUUAUGGAUAUAAAAACAAACAGUGAGUGUGAUAGAAAACAGUGUGAAUUGGAAACUUGUUCAUCAGUGUAUGCGACCUUUAAUGUUACCCUUGAAUGGUUGUUUGUACUAGGAGAGGCUGCUCUCUGAGAUCUGAAUGACCAGGUCUAUAGGGCGCAUUUUUUUGACAGAAGAUUGUUCUGAACUAUUUCUGACAAUUAAUUAGUCUUUUAUUUUGUCCAGUAAGUUUUGUUAUAAUACCCGUAAAAUUCUGAAAAUAAGCCCCGGGACUUAUAUUUUUCAAAGGCCCUUUUUCAGGGGCUUAUUUUUGGAGGGGCUUAUAUUCGGAGGGGGCUUAUCUACGGAGGGAAAUUUGCAUUUCAAAAUCGAUUGGGCUAGUGGUAUAGUUAGAAGUAAAUUUACUGUUUUUGCUUUGUUUUGCUUUGUGUUUGAGGGCAAUUUUCCAAUUACAAGCCCCUGGGGGGCUUAUAUUUGGAGGGGCAAUUUAACGGAGGGUUUUUGCAUUACUGGAUUGGGGGGCUUAUAUUUGGAGGGGCUUAUACAUGGAGGGGCUUAUUUUCGGAAUUUUACGGUAUGUUUUCAUUGGCUAUUGUAGAGUUGUACAGUCAAACCAUGUUAAUAUGGACACUGAGGGGGCCAUAGAAUGUGUCCGUCUUAACUGGGUCUCCAUAUUAAGCAGAUUGAAUGUAGAGAAAAUACAAGGGCUAGGGACAAGGAAAACUGUCCAUAUAAGGAGGUGUCGUCCAUAUUAAGUGGGUGUCUGUAAAGCGGGGUUUGACUGUAAUUGUCAGAGACAAGAGCAGAUGUAUCUUUGGAAAGCAUAUAUUGUUUUUUCUUUUUAAUUUUGCAAACACACAAACAAUUACAAUACAUUACAUUUACAAUUCAUUACAGGUAACUGUCAUGGAAAGCAUACCGUAAAAUUCCGAAAAAAAGCCCCGGGGCUUAUAUUUUUCAAAGGCUCUUUUUGAGGGGCUUAUUUUUGGAGGGGCUUAUAUUCGGAGGGGCUUAUCUAUGGAGGGAAAUUUGCGUUUCAAAAUCGGAUGGGCUAGCCUUAUAGUUGGAAGUAAAUAUACCGUUUUUGCUUUGUUUUACUUUGUAUUUGAGGGAAAUUUUCCAUGUACAAGCCCCUGGGGGGCAUAUAUUUGGAGGGGCGAUUUAACAGAGGGUUCUUUGCGUUACCGGUUUGGGGGGCUUAUACACGGAGGGGCUUAUUUUCAGAAUUUUAUGGUAUUUUAGUUAGAAUUAUUACAUGAUAUAAAGUUAUUUAUUUCCUUUGCAUAAAACAAUGUUUAGUAUUAAAUGAAAAAAAAAAAAUGUUUAAAGUGAAAAUAUGCUGAAUAAUUUUAAAUUUAAAUCUUAAAAUACUUGUUAGUAAAACGUGAUUUGUUUAGUCAUGGAAAACCCUGGACAGUCAUGGAACUUAUUAUUUUUAAGUGCAGGUUAGGGAAAGUUAUGAAAAUUAGUAAUGCUCCUGGUAGAAAACCAUUGAUGAAGCAUGCUGUUUAUGCCUCAGAGGUGAAAAAAGGUCAAAAAUAGUUUUGAAAAGAACUGCUUCGAAAGGUUGUGGAAAGGUAUGAAAUUUUAACCCUUUCAUUUGUAAAAGUGGCUGAAAUGAAAAUUCUCCCUAAACUCUAAAUUUCUUUUUUGUAAAAUCUUUGGAAACAAAUAGGCAUAGUACCGUGCAAAAAUCCUGUGAAAUGGUUGUGUAUGAAUGGUAAUAACAUAAGAUUGUGCCUGCAACCAACUGGAGGGUCAGAAUGACAAACCCUCUCACAGUAGCUUGGUUUUAUUAAAAGUGUACAAACCCAGCUAAUAGGGUCUUCUAAGUGGGAACAUUUACAGCAAGGUGCAUGGUAGCUGUGAUUUUCAAUCACCUGAAAAGUCUAGACAGUGAUUAAACUCAGAUUUUUUAUAUAAUAAUUGGGUGGAUUUGUCCUGGGGCAGACUCUCCUAUGAGAAAGAUGGAAUGCUUGUUGGAAAAUUAGAAAACAAAAAACUCUAAAGGAGACCAAUUUGGGUAUGACUCAGGCUUUAUUUGACCCGUAAUGGAGACCUUAGUCCAACACAGGAUGAUAUGGCAUUUGUUAUUCAAGAAUUACCUGUAGCGAUACCCUUAUGGGUAAAAUAUUGGCUUUCCAUCCGGAUCACCGUAAAUGGGACAAUAAUCUGGCAUAAUUAUUUCUAGCUCUUGUAGACAAGGCAGGACAAGCAUCCACAUCAUUUGCAUGUGGAAGUCCUUUCCCAUUUUAAUCUUUACAUUAUAAUAUUUGCACGACUCAAAAUUAUUUUUUUUGGAUAAGUAACCCUUUGGGUUAGUGCUCUUAAAUUUUGCCAACCAAAUUAUAAAGUUUAUUAUCCAAGAAUCUGAUCUUGAAAUAACAAUAUUUUGAAUAUUGAAAGUAGUGCUAAUAAAUGGGCAAACUAAUGGAUGGAUGGAUUGGUUCAAAAUGAAAUAUAUGGAAGAUUUAAUACUCAUUUACAGUUUCCUUUCAAUUACAUUACAUGAGGGCGGGGAAAUUCACCAUAAAUACUGCAAAACGUUGUUUGUUCAGACUCACCAAACUGCAGCCAGGUGAAAGCCUUUUUUGAUUUUUGGUGGAAAGUUUUCUUUCUUCAUACACCCUUUGUGCGAGAGCCAUGUUUAGUGUUUGAAAUUGUACUUCUUCCUUGUUGUUUUUCUCGAUCUUCCAAGUCCUCUUCACAAAAAAUUUAAGCGGUGACCUUUUCCUGAAAAAACUAUUCGAGCAUCUCUCUAUCUGAUCUGUGUAACAAAUAGGUUGCAUAGAUGAGCCACUUGCAAAUGAUAUAUUAAGGCUGUGUCCAAAUCUUCCCAUCCAACAAAAGCCGAGUUACCUCGAGUUCUGUGAAAUGCACAUUUUUCAUGUUGUUCAAUAGUGCUGUAAGGAUAUCUUUUAGAACAAUAAAUUGAAUGAGAUAGAACACAAAAAGAAAUGGGCAAGAUUUUCAAGGACAGAAAUUUUUACUGUUUCAGGGUUAGUUAGGCUCAUUUUUAGUAACUGACUGUUAGCAACUACUAACCAUUGGUUAGUAGUUCACAAUUCAUACCUCUUUUAAAACCUUUUUUGGCUGAAUUUCACUUCAGCUCUCCAUGCAGUGUAGUCCAGCAAGACUGCUAAGUGAACCUGAUGUUAUCCUGCCAGUUAAGUACCUGUUUGAAAGUGACCCUGAGCUAUCCAAACAAGAGGUAAGUCUCACCCCUAUUCUCCCAUGAGCACCAUUGCCUUUUGCAGAUGUUCAGAGUGGAGUGCAGGUGAAAAAUAGAGCGGGAGAAACUGAGGAGAGAUUUGGGAGAGUGGUGAAGGCAUGACUGUAGAACUUAUUCAAAAGAGAAGCUGUAAUGCUGUUUUCUCCAAUCUAUCCCAGCUUCCUUUUUUGCUCACUUUUUUGUCACCGGUGGUCCACCAUCUGAAUGGCUGGAACGGCUGUGAGUACCCAAAAUACUGAUGAAAGACAAAUUGGAAACUCCAUUUGAUAAAAUGCUUUUAAUUAAGCCUCUUUCACCUGAGAAAUGUAAGAAUAUGGCACAAGAAGUCUUGCAAACUUAAACUAUAAGUAUAUUCGCCAUUUUCCGCAUCUGCUAUAAAACACCUUGUUUGUCCCCCCAAAAAUGUUUUUUAUAACAUAUGUUUUUAAAAUCCUCUGAUUAUUAUUCUUCCCAAGAGAAAUUCAAGGCAAAGCUUAUUUAAAAAGUGGGACGCCAAACAAUGUGUAUUAUGGAAAGAUAGGCAAAUGGUGAAUGCAAGAACUGAUGAAAAGGCUAUCAUCAAAAAAACAAUCAGUUAUUGACAUGUUUAAUACCACUUGAGAACUAAAAUUGUGCAAGAAUACCUGAAUGAGUCUAGGUUCUCAAAAGUAAAUGAGCUAAUGUUGACUACUCAGCCUGCCAAUUUCAAGGAAAACACCUAAGGAAAAUUCAUUCAUUUGCAUUACUAUCCAAUCGUGCCAGCUACCCCAGAAAAACUGCAUUCCGUCUGCAUUGUUAUCCAACCCUGCUCAACACCCCAAGCAAAAUUCCAUUCCAGCUGCAUUCUUUAUCCAAUCCUGCUUGACAACCCAAGAAAAAUUCCAUUCCACUGGCAUUGUUAUCCAGUCCUGGCAACACCCCAAGGAAAAUUCCAUUCCACCUGCAUUCUUUGUCCAAUCCUGUGUGACACUCCAUGAAAAACUCCAUUCCACCUGCCUUGUUAUUUAAUCCUGCUCUACUUUCGUAGGAAGAUAUUCCAUUCCACCUGCCUUGUAAUCUAGUUCUGCUCUGCAUGUACACUCCAAGGAAAAUUUAAUUUUUCCACCUUCAUUGUAAUCUAAUCCUGCUCUACCCUCCUUGGAAAUUUCUAUUCCUCUUGGAUUGAUAUCUUAUCAGCUCUCCAUUCCACCUGCAUUGUUAUCCGCUCCUGCAGCAAGGCUUCAUUUCUUCUGUUCUCCAGUGGUGCUCUGGCAUUGGUUCCUCUGCAAAAGGCCAAUGAACGGCUAGUUACAGAUUCACUGUGAUGUAUUUCAAAGCUGGAAUACAUCUCAUUGGCUCAGGGUUUUCCUUAGCCCAUCAGACAGCACUUCCUCAAAAGAUUGUCAUCUAGUAUACCGCAUUAAAUAGUCCAGUGGUCCAUGUCAGUUAUCUUGGAGGGUGUUGAUGAGUACAAGAUCAUUAUCUAUGAACAACUGCAACACGAUUUUUGCAUUCAGGGUAUUUUGUUUCAACUCCCAGGUGCUCACAUCGGACAUUCAGUGGUGUGCAAUUCAUGGUGCUGUGAGUCUAAUUUCUGAUAUUGAAGGGGUGCAUGCUGAUCCAGAAAAGACAACAGCCUUUGACCCAAUUUGAAUUUUUCUGCAAAAAUAUUAUAGCAUUGUUACCAGGGGUUGGAAAGUAUGGUAACUAGUUGAAUGAAUUUGUCUAACUACGUCACAAGGAAACUAUGUGUCAUUGGAAAGAUAUGCAGCAAAUCGCCAAUCAGUAGGUCAAAUAGAUCCCAGUCAUACACUCAUCAUUGCAGCACGUGCAUCAUCAAAAUGGACUUGGAGCAGUUCUCAUUCAGACCCAGGCCAGCGAACAGUGCCUUUCUGUUUAGGGAAGUUCUGAUACCUAGAUAAACUGGGCAGUCAUCGGAAAAAUAAUCACUUGUCUUAAUCUCGGCAUGUGAUUUGGCUUAGAGAGUGUGUGCUUGGACUCAGCUUUACUCUGAAAGCAGUUUGCAAGCUUACCCUUGCACCACUUCUGACCACAACUAAACUGUUAAGGAUGCCAUUCCAGAUACUACAUGUGCUUCUAUCUCAAAAUGAUGAUGUAUAAUCCUACUGUACAAGCCCCUUGUAGAUGUCAAACAUCUGCUGCUGUAAGAAGUACAUGCUUUAAUCUAGGCAUGUGAUCAGUUUAGUGUGUCUGUGCUUAGACUCAGCAUUACAUUGAAAGCAGUAUCAUUUCUGACCACAACUGACCUGUUACUGUGCAUGCUUCCACCUCAGAGUGAUGUGUGUGACCCUACUGCUGCACUCUCAUUUACCUGUUACCUAGAAAUGCAUUGAAAGGAUCUAUAAACUCUGAAAUUAUCUUUAAUUAGAAUGAAAGAAACUACCAACAGCAAAAAAUAUAUAUUUAAAACAAAAAAGUUCACUCUAGGUGGAUCCUUGUCAUACCUGCAGGAUAUGCCCUGUGAGGACAGUCUGCAAAUGGAGGUUGAUGAAGAUGACAUUGACAUUGUCACAUGUGAGGUGAGGGCACUUGUUUGUACAAUUACUCUCUCUUGCCAUUAACUUUGUAAUGUAACAGUUAUGUGCUCAGGACAUUUGACUUAGAGCUUUUGUCUCAACAUUGACACAAGUCAUACUGCAUAUUUUGUACUCUGGACAGUAUUUUAUAGCUUUUCCUGUGGCAGUCGUGGUAAGGACGCCAUUGUCCGUUGGCUACAUUUAUUGACACUCUAAUAAUGAGGGAUAUGGGAGCCUCAAAUACUAGCGAUCUCUUGGCAAGCAUGAAAAACUGAGCAAACUGGACAGCCAGGCCACCCUUAAUUAUUAUGACGAUAAUUAUGCUGCUGCUGACGAUGUUGUAUUUACUUUAUUGAGUUCAAUAAUCUUUGGCCUUUCCAGCUCUUAAUCAGGGGAUGUGAAAUAUUUUAUUUACAAGAAAAAUCUUCCUUUUUGAGCUAUGAAAAAGGAAAGCAAAGGGGUUUUCAUUUUUGCCCAAACCCUUAUAAACAGUAACUGCAUCUUUGAAAGUGUUUUUGUCCCAUAAUCUGGAAUUGCUUUAAGAAAGACAGCAGGUAUGCUUUUUACAUGCAUAUAAAUUUUAUUUUGGCAACUUUGGAACCUUUAGGAUAAAACAAGUGAUCAUUCAGAUGAUACUAUUGAUGGAGGUUACAUUACGGGAAAGAGUUCACCAGAUCCUGAGUUUUGCCAGGUAAUAAUUAUGAUUAUUAUAAAAUUUUGUGUAUCAUACAUUCAACAGAAUAUUAUAGUUAACGUUUUCCUUAAUCCAUUUCAAGGCCUGUAUUGAGUCAGAAAGAAUGCUUUAUUUUUUUUUGAUCCUUGAAACUAUUAGGAAAUUCAAGAUGGUUAUACAAAAUUUAAUGAUGACCAUGAAUUUUGCAUCACUGAAAAGAGUGCACCUUGUCUUGAUUCUUGCAUGGUAAGAUGGUACUUUAAAAUUGUUUAUAAAUUAGAGGGUGUUUUAAUUGUUUUAAAUACAAUUGAGUGGGUUUCAAAUGUGAGGCAUUGCUGGCUGGUUCUAAGAUUUCAAGAAAAUUGCCAAGGAGAAGGAAAGGGCGCAAAGAAAGUCAGUUUUACAGCUUGUCAUUCAGGCAAGCUGCAGGUAGCGUGUACUAGUCCAAGGGUCAUUUUAACUAGCUCUAAUUUUUUUUUUAGAUGAGCAGGAUUGAUUACAGUUCUUCUGUAAGUUGAAUUCCCUAUAAUAGCUUCGCUUGCCUGUCUGGCAAGUUAAGAACAGAAUUCACUAGCCCGAUAGCAAAAUCCACUAGUCCCGGGCUAACGGACACAAGUUUCUUUGCACGCUGUUGAGGUUGGCUUGUUCAAAGGGCAAGUACAUGUACAAAAUCUUUUUCAAGUCCUGGAUAUCCAACCAGUUUGAUCAUCAAUUUGAUUCCCAUCAUGGAUUCUGACUUUUCUGAUAUUUUCUUUUUUCUUUUUUCUUCUGUGGGCUUUAAUCUUUCCAUAAGGUUUAAUUUUGUUACAUCCAUAAAAAUCAUUUCCUUGAUGUUUCUCAUGCACUCAUUUCCCAAAUGAUGACACCACCUAACUGAACAGUUUUAUAAUUUUUUUUGUUGUACAAGUACAUUAAUUUGUCCUUGAAAAUACUUUACCUGACUUUUGAAUAUUCUUAAUUCACUUCUAGGAAAGGGAUGGACCAAUAAGGGAUUGUUCUCCCAACAUUAUAGUACCGGUAACUACUCCAAAUUCCUCUGAGGUAAUGAACUGUCAGGGAAUAUAAUCAAUUGCCUUUGUUUCUUCUGUGAAGAAUUUUUAUUGGCCAUUUAUAAUAGCGAAAUUGAGACUGUGGUAAUUUCUUAUCACACUUUCCUAUGCUUCAAAAACAAUCUAUUUUUUUUAGAUUUCUACCAAAAUAGCUAUUAGUAUCAUUUGGUCCCUUUUUAGUACUCUUCGAAAAACAGAAUUUUGCUGCAGACAAUUCAGAAUGGUCCAUGAUGUAGAAAAUCUGCUAAACAAUACUGUAUUUCUACCAGACUUUGGCUGGAUGUUUGCUAUUAAUCUUGAGUUGACCAGAGCCCAGUAUAGCUGUAGACGUAUACAUCCUCUGGGCUAAGGGGGGCUGACGAGGAGAGUUCUUUUGAGUGAUUAGACCCAAAAACUAAGACUUUCCCUCUCUUUUUAAAGGACAUUGUAGAGACUCCAUUGCCACCUAAAGUUGUAAAUGGCUCACUCAAACGAAAGUCAGAAAUGAAGGAACUCAAAAUUCCUUUGAAGGUAAGUUAAUAUUAUUAGAGUAAUAUCAACUUGUGAGCAUAUGGAAAACUAAUCUUUUCUCCAAGAGGAUUUGUUUAUAUAAUAUAGUAACGAAUUAAACUCUAUUUCACUUUUGAAUCUGGCAAUCACAAAGUUGGUUGUGUCAUAAAGACUUAAACAUGGAUCUUAAAGGACCUUGAUGCUGCAGACCCCUGUCUCUUUCAGAUUUUGAUACCAUGCUGGAACCAGUAGGGUGCAGAAUGUCAUUCUUGGCAAGGGGGUUCCAUCUUCACCUAUAUCUAAGUUAAAGAAAUUUCAGUCAAGGAGGAUAGAACCACUUAUUAUCACUUGCCCAUGACUUUGCAAGGACACUUUCACAGCCAUUGUUAUCAAACUUAAACAAGUUACCCACUUCUGCCUCUUCCCAAACACUACCCAAAUCUGCAACACCAACACUGUGACUAAUGCUUCGGCAUUUGUUGAAACUAAGAGUCUUAAAAACCAGCUUCAUAAGAGCUGGGGAUUUGCAAGCAAAUCCUGAGCUAAACAGUCCUUUGGUUAAGAGUCUUUGACCUAAAACUGAAGUAAUAAUAGUGUUUCAUUUCUGUUUUUCCAACCUUGUGACAGCAGAUUUUAUUACUUGGAAACGUUUCAGUGUUGACUACCAGUUUCUGUUUUUUUUUCUCUAUCUCCCUGGGUGACUUCCUACCUUAAUGAUAAUGCUAAGCAUUAAUUCAAUAGCAUCAUUGUUUCCCUUCUAGAUUCUAUGGUCAUUAGCAACCUUUUGUGCUUUUGCAUUCUGUUUAUUCCCAGAAACUGAGAGUUACUACAAAUUGUGUUAAUAAGAAACUGGAACUUGAAGAAGAUGAGUACAUCUGUAAGUUAUCAACAGUCAUUGUUUCUUUUGAUAGUGAAGCACAAAAAUUUGUUGGCAAUAUCAUAAACUGCAAAUUUGUUGAUGGGCUCAUCACUUUCUCUCAUAAAGUAGGCUGACACUGAUUCCAUUCCAAAACGAAAUCAAUGGUUUGAAAGUCUAACGAACACGCUGACAACAGGUUUCCUCCAGAUUUGGGCACAUAGGUCAGUCAAGUGUGACUACAAAAAGGAAUAUAACCAUUUGAUGUAAAAUACCAGCAGAUGCCGAUUUAGGUGAACAUUUUGGCCCUCUGUUAUCUGUUAUUAGAGGUCAGUAAUGAACGAUGUACCACCCACUGGCACAAAGUUAAAAAAACUUCCAAAGUGGUCAGUGUUUUGCAGGUCACUUGCAGAAUUGCCUACGGCACUUGCUCUGGACAUGUUUGUACAUAUUCAAAGCAAGUCAUUUAUUGCAAUAGAGAAGGUGGUAAGUUAAACGCUGAUAAUUGCAAAUAAAACUCCGACGUUUUGGCAAUGCUGCCUUAUGGGAGUUCUUUAUAGCGUAAAAUUUGAAAAUGCGCGCGUAAAAACAAGCGAGUGUGCGCGUGCGCAAGUCUCGUGAAAGAGAAAUCUUGAUUGAGUCCACCUGGCGCGAGGGUGUCAAAAUUGUGAAUAAAGCGCAUCGCCUCGCGUCUUCUCUUGUCUUUUUCGCGUAGACCAGCUCUAAUCACGGAUACUUGCAUGUCCUCCAGCUGGUGGCCAUUCCCAUAAAAUGGGCAGGCACCGGCAGGGCCACUUUCUUCUUAAUAACGUCCAAACGGUGCUCCCGAAAACGGUCGCCAAGCCUACGGCCUGUCUCUCCUAUGUAAACUACCCCAGGGCAUUUGCGGCACGAAAUACAAUAGAUCAGUUGGCUGGAGAUGCAUGUAAAAAACCCUGAGAUUUUGAUCUGCCCUUGUGUAGUGGUAAUUCGGUCAGAGGAGUUAAUGAAGGGACAGGUCCGGCAGUCACGUCUAUUACAAGGAAAAGUGCCUCUCUGACGUUGGAGAACCUGCGGUAAGGAGCUAUGAACGAGAAGAUCUUUCAGGUUUUUAGCGCGACGGAAGGCUUUAAGCGGCGGUUUGUCAAAUGUGACCUUGAUGCUAUCGUCAUCCUGUAGACUGGUAUAAUUUCGCAGUAGGAUAUUACAGACGGCGAUGUUCUUAGGAUAGUAUGUAAUGACCAGUGGGGAUCGGUCGGCCGCAGUGCAGUUACUACCGUGGCUGGUGACUAAUAGGUCAGCCCUCUGUCUUUCUUCCGCUCGGAGACGUGCUCUUGAAAUUAGGUCAUGGGGGUAACCACGUGCAGCAAAAAAGGUCUCCAUGGUUGUGGCCUCACUUUGAAAAACGUCGUCUUCACUGCAGAUCUUUCGCAGCCGUAGAAACUGAGUAUGUGGUAUGGACAAUUUACACUUGGAUGGAUGUGACGACCCGAAGUUCAGAUAUGAAUGGCUGUCAGUGUCUUUGUAAUAAAUCGAUGUCGAUAGGCGGUCGUCACAGGGUGUCAUAAAAAUGUUUAGGAACGGGAGUUUGUCAGAUGAGAUAGACCACGUGUAGACAUGCUUAGGAUGGUACUUCGAAGCAAAGUCAAGACACUGCUGUAGGUCUUGUUCACUGCCCGAGGCUGCGCCCGCUACGUCGUCCAUGUAUCUCUUAUACAAAUCAGGCUUCCUACCAGUGUUUUCGGCUAGCAUCCUCUCUUCAACAUAGCCAACGAAGAGACAUGCGUAGUUUGGCCCUAAUCUGCUACCCAUUGCCACGCCGCCUAGUUAUUUGUAAUAUUCGCCUUUGAACUCAAAGGUGUUGAGGGUCAGCACCAAUUCAGCCAUGCGAACAAGAGUAUCAGUUGGUGGGUCUUUGACCUCCCUCUUGUCCAGGAAAUAUUUCAGCGACACCAGACCUUCUUCAUUGGGAAUGACUGUAUACAGUGAUUUGAUGUCCAUUGUGUCUUUCACGUGACUCUCCAGGCCGCGUACGAAGGGAGCUGUUACCUUGUCGAGAUAUAAAGCUAAUUUCUCUGUAGGACAUGCGUAAGCGGAGACAGUUGGCCGCCCAGGGUUGCCAGGUUUGUGUAUCUUAGCCAACAAAUAAAAUUUAGAAGUACGAGGACAUUCAGCAACAAGGCUAGUUGCUGAUGGUGGAAGUUGUUUGAACGGACCAAAACCCUGCGUUCCCCGGUAGCAUCCUCGGCUAUUUGCUGGUAAAACCGUUCGUCGGAUAGCUUUUUUUAAAGCCUCAGUCAAGUAGAGGUCUUUACUCCAAACUACAAAAGCCCAACCUUUGUCGGCAGGUCGGAAUAUAACGUCGGUUCUACUUCGCAGUCUCCGUAAGGUCUCUUGUUCUCCCGGAGUAAGGUUGCACCGCGUAGGUUUUCGUUUGAAGACUCGUUGGUUUCCUUCCCUGCAAAAUUUGUCAAUAUAGUGGUCCAAGGCUGACAACUGACUUGGUUGAGGAGUCCACUUACUCCGCUUGGGUUUUAAGGAUUCGAAAAUAUCAUCAUUAGGUCUGCUUGGUUGGUCAGUUUCGUUAAUGGAGUCACCAUCAGGACCAGAGGAAACGCCAUCACAGCGGUAUGAAAGAUUGUCAUUCGUGACUUCACUUGGGGCGUCACUACCGGUCGUAACUCUGGAUGAGUGAAAUGCGCUUUAAGGCGUAGGCAUCUGAAUAAUUUCUCAGUAUCUUCUUUAGAAGUGAAUUCAUCCGUAGUGGGCGUUGUGGGUAUAAAAUUUGUCCCCUUUGCCAGCAGAGAUCUUUCGUCCUCAUCCAAAGGAAGAUCUUCAGGUAUUCCAACUACCAAUCAAACUGUGCUCUGGCUGUUGUCUUGUAAAACGGUAUUCAUAGUUUUUUUGUGACGUGUAUAACGGGCUGGUUGGGUUGUUGCUAAACGUGAGAACUUUUCCUCUUUGAUGGCAGAUAUUUGAUCAUAUAAACGUCUAGUAAGUCUUUGAAUCAAAUACGUUAAACGUGAAUAUGAUCUAGUAUCGCAAAGUGAGGUAAGGUCAUUACGACAAUUCUGAAUGUCAACAGAGAGAUUGUAGCAAAGAUGUUUCAUUGAUGUUAUCGUCAGACGCAUAAGACAGCAAGAAGAAGCGAAGAUAAAGGCUCUUACUUGACACCCUCGCGCCAGGUGGACUCAAUCAAGAUUUCUCUUUCACGCGACUUGCGCGCGUGCACACUCGCUUAUUUUUACGCGCGCAUUUUCAAAUUUUCAAAUUUUCCGCUAUAACGAACUCGCAUAUUUUCCCUGAUGAAGGCAGCAUUGCCGAAACGUCGGAGUUUUAUUUGCAAUUAUCAGCGUUUAACUUACCACCUUCCCACUUUUAACACACACAAACGCUACGCAGGAACCCCCUUUAUAUGUACUAAAACAGAACCUUGCCAUGGCUGUUUUGGACUGAGCAUGGCCUUGCAGGCCCAUUUCGCAUGCAACCAAAAACAAACCAAUUCUUGAUAAUAACAUAUUUUCUUGCAGUCUGUAGCAAAUGCGACAAACUGCAAAUAGGUGCUUGCUCAAUUCACUCUGCUCUGCAAUGGAUGAAGGAGAAUUCAAAUGUUGUGAUGUCAGAAGGGUUGACAAAAGCAAGAGCUACAAUUCCCAAAAACAUGGAAUUGAAAUCUUCUAGUAUUCCAGGUAAAAGCUUGCUUUUAGUUUUGUCUUUGUUGGCUUAUAUGCGUUAAAUCUAAAAUGCAGGGCAUUUUGAGAGUGGCUAAAUGUCAGAUGAAAUCUAACUUUGUGGUCUGAGACGACAACUGGAACAGGCUCUCACAACAUUCAGAAAGAGGCUCUCCUUUUGAUGGUGAAAAAUUACAGAUUAUUCACAGAAGAAAACCUCAGCGUAUUGUAUACCCGACGUUACCGUUUCUGUUGUAGAAUGCGCAUUAACCUGUCAAGUGUGCUCGAAACAGAACUGUUAAUCAUUAUCUGGUUCGUUUUUUAGAUGCUGGCCUGGGAAUUUUUGCCUUGGAGAGGUUUGAAAGUGAUGUAGUGUUUGGCCCGUAUUGGGGUGAAAAGAUAGACGUGGCAAAUGUAACACCUAACAUGGAUCAGGGCUACAUGUGGGAUGUAAGAGGCUUAUUAUUGUCGUUAAAGUUGUCCCUUCAUGCAAAAGUUCAUUUUCCCGCUAGAUGUACCUUUCCAUGAUAUUUGUCACAAGCGUAAACCUCUCAUUUUGGACAUUUCCUUGAUGAUGAAGGCUAUUUACGUCAUGUUAUGAUAUCCCGGUCGGUUAGUGAAAACCAGAAGACACCAAAACUGGUAGUUCAUUGAAUGCACGAAUGUAAUUUCUUACUGUUUUCAAACCACGGUUUAAAGUGCGUAAAAAGAUAGGGAAGCAUACGAUCCACUAGCCUAGUACUAUCCGUCACUACAGGUACCUCCUAUAAGCACCUUUGUAUCGAGAGAGAGAGCGAGUCAAUGGGCCUUUUUUCUUGUUUCCAAUCUACUAGCUGUGUUUCUCUGUUAAAGAGAAUAAUGAUUUUUUUAGUAGAAGGUGACAUCCUUUUUUGGUUUACAGCUGUACAUCAAUACUGUUCGUUUUCCCUUCUUUAUUUACAGAUAAUUGAACGUGGACGUGUCACCCAAGUUGUUGAUGCUCGGGACGAGAGUCACAGUAAUUGGCUGCGUUUCGUCAACUGUGCUCGCAAUGAAGAUGAACAAAAUCUAGUGGCUUUUCAGUAUAGAGGUGAUAUUUACUACCGCGCGUACAAGGUGAUCGAACCGGGUAUGGAGCUCCUUGUGUGGUAUGGAGAUAGAUACGCCUGUGACUUGGAUAUCCUGAACAAAGAAAAGAAACCCGCAGGUCUGUGUCUGAGAAAAGUUAAUGUUAAUAACCAAAUGAAAGAUCAGCAAGUUGGCGUAAUGGGCUUAACUCUGUUGCUACUAAAUUUCUGCAAACCAUGCGUUAAACGACGUCAAAAUUUGCUCAUUACUUAUAGAUGUUGUCUUUUUUUUUGCCCAUGAAAGGCUUACCUCUACUGACUGUAAACGUGAACAGGCAUUGGCGCAUGCUUUGCUAGUUUAAGGCUGGCUUGACAGUGACUGCAUGUCCAAACUGAAGCUUUUUUUUAAAAAAAAAAACAUCACUCUCAUUACUCUCCAAGCUAACGUUUAUUAUCACAUUUACAUCACUGCUGAUUUGCCAACUAUAUACUUCCCAGUACUAGGAUUUAUGCUGCAUGUUCGAUACGUGAACGGUGUUUAAAGGCCUUCCCCGCGUAUCUUCUGUGCCUUAUCGGUAGAGCAUGGAGGCACGUAAUCAGAGGGCCAGGAGAUCGGUUCCAUACCUGUCGGCCUAGGCUUAAUCCUAACAGUAACUUAAGAACACCUUUCUUACGUUUUAGAUGGUCCUGUACAAUGUCAGAAGUGUUUCAUGAUCUGCUCAGGGCCUAGUUCGCUGGCCAGUCACAACAAAUUCCGUUGCCAGAUGAGCAGUGAACAUCACCUUUGGCGCUGCAUGCACUGUGACAGAAGCUUUAAGACACCAAGUUCGCUUCAUUUUCACAAGAACAUUCAUAAAGGCAUAAAACCUUUCUCAUGUAAACUUUGUGGUGCGGUUUUCUCGUUCCCUGCGUCCCGAAAAAGGCACUACGCUCAACAGCACGGGCAGUGGGAGGCUCUCAGUUGCAAGCCAUGUGACAAAGUUUUUGCAAAUAAGAAUGCCCUCGACGCACACGAAAAGAAUUAUCAUAAUCCAGGUGAUUACAAAUGCCAAGCCUGUGGCGAGUGUUUUACCUCUGGGAUUAGUUUAUCCAACCACAAAAGAGCACAUGAAAGAUCAGAAGCGCAGAAUGUUUGUUCGAUUUGCAAGAAGAGAUUCGCUCAUUCCUCCACCCUUGCGAAGCACUUACGAGAGAAGCACCCAAGGGUAAAGAUUUAUAGAUGUGGAAAAUGUGGAAAGUUUUGUUCAGAUAAACGCCGCUUAGCACUACACUUUGCCGUCAAGCACUCGACAAAACAUGGCAACAGAUUUUUCUUCAGUGAUGACCGCCAGGCAGUACCCUUACGUGGGAAUUCGUCGGUGAAACAGAAAAGCGCGGUGAAAUGCGAAUUUUGUUUGAAAGCUUUUCCUACUUUAGCUCUUAUGAAUCGUCAUAGAGCUGCCCAUUUUAGAACCAAAAAUCCAACAUUGCCCGUUGCUACUUAUGACCAUCACGCGGUGCCAUCAAGUGAAAGUCGUGACAUUAACGGGCACAGCAGUAAGGACCUAAAAUGUAAAAUGGGAAACUUUGCUUGCAACGUUUGCGGCAAGUCAUUUCGAAAGAAGCUGUCUUUAAACGCACACAAAGCUUCCCAUUCUAGAACGAGACGUCCAGCAUUGUCCGCUGCUACUUAUGUCCAACCCGCAGUGCCAUCAAGUAAAAGUCGUGACAUUAACGGGCACAACGGUAAAACCUUAAAACGUAAAAUGGGAAAAUUUGCUUGCAACGUCUGCGGCAAGUCAUUUCAAAAGAAGCCGUCUUUAAACGCACACAAGAGCCAUCACAGUUUUAAACGGAUAGCAUCUCCAUUGAGUGAUUCUCGCAGUGGCAUUCAUUCACGAAAGUGCAUCAGAACGUUUAGUUGCAACGGGCAUAACAGUAAAGACCUACGAAAAAGUAAAAUGGGGAAAUUUGCUUGCAACGUCUGCGGCAAGUCAUUUCAAAAGAAGCUGUCUUUAAAGGCACACAGAGCUUCCCAUUCUAGAACGAGGCAUCCAACAUUGCCCGCUGCAACUCAUGUCCAACCCACAGUGCCAUCAAGUGAAAGUCGUGACAUUAACGGGCACAACGGUAAAACCUUAAAACGUAAAAUGGGAAAAUUUGCUUGCAACGUCUGCGGCAAGACAUUUCAAAAGAAGCCGUCUUUAAACGCACACAAGAGCCAUCACAGUUUUAAACGGAGAACAUCUCCAUUGAGUGAUUCUCGCAGUGGCAUUCAUUCACGAAAGUGCAUCAGAACUUUUAGUUGUAACAAGUGCACUAAGUCAUUCCUCACGGAGAGAUCACUGCGAUCACACAAGACCCACCAUAGUAGAUUCAAUAACACAUCACCAGAUCCUGCCACUAAAGAACAGAAUGGUGUUAGAGGAUUGAACACCCGCAAGGAACACCUUCUGACAAGUUCCUUGUUGAGAAAACAAUCAAACGCGAGUACUUUUCCAACGAGUAAACCAAGAGUAUUCAUAUGUGGGGUUUGUGGAAAGAAAUUUCUUGACAAAAAAAAUCUUCAUCGUCACAAGGGACAUCAUUCCAGGGGAAGUUCUAUCCUCAAUCCAAAGUUGUCAAACACUUACGAAUGCAGUACUUGCUUGGAGUUUUUUCACUCGAGAAGUUCCCUCAAAUGUCACAAGAAUCGUUUGCACGAAGCAGUAGAUGCUGCAUCCUUUGUUUGUCCUUUCUGUGACUUGAGAUUUUCAUCUAGGGAAGAUCUUUGGAUGCAUAAGCAAGACCUACACAGCACGGCAGACCCUUUCACUUGUAUCCGCUGUGAUGGUCGGUUUGGAACAAAACGCACUCGUGAUCGUCAUGUAUGCCCUGGAAAGGAAAACUGCGACAAGGAGACCUCGGUGAAACAAAAGGCUACUGUCGAGUCGAAGUCAGCUCUUGAUUCAGGUCGUCAAGAAACUCAUGAAUGUAAGACAUGCCUACAGACGUUUCCAUCCACACGCUCCUUGAGUAACCACAAGCGUUCUCAUGCGGGUGUAACUAGUCCUUGUGUAUGUUCCAUCUGUCACAAGGGGCUUUCCUCUAAAAGGAGUUUGCUGAGACACAAACAAAGUCAACACAGUUCGACCAAUUUUUUAGUUGAAAACAAAUUACGUUCCAUAGGUGAAGGCAUUAAACAUAACAGCAACAGUGAAGUGAACACGUGUUGCAAAACAACAGAGCGUUUCCGUAGCGCCGAAGCAUUGUCCGGUACUCGCGAUUGUAUAGAGCACAGUGCCUCGAAGCAAGGCGUUGGACAAUCGUCAGAGAAAACGGCUUCGCCACCCAAGAAAACUCAACCAUCAAGAAAUAACGAACAAAGCUUGGAGCCAAACGGAGAAGGCACCGUGGGCUUAUGGAAUUGCCUUUACUGCGAAAAGCAAUUUAAAAGUGACAAUGUCUUGCGAAGACACUCCAGGGAACAACACGGUACGACAAAAUGGAUAGAGUAUGAAAAGGAGGCUGCCCGAUCUUUCAAGUGCCCGUAUUGUGUCGAAGAAUUUAAAAGUCUCUCUGGAAAACAUCAGCACGUUAAGGAAAAGCACCACACUUGUAACUAUCCACCUUUUUCGUCUGGAAGCCAAAGCACUCGUCCACAUUUUGGCCCAUACAGCAAAGAAUAUCCAGCAAAGAUGCCGUUCAGCUGGGAUACUAGCCGACCAAUGAAUUCAAGCGAAACAGCAACGAAGGGAGCAUUGAAAUGUCAAUAUUGUGUCAAAGGUUUCUUCAACGCAAGUAGUCGCUACAAGCACAUCGUGAUUGUUCACAGUGGCCGGUUUGGAACAAAACGCACUCAUGAUCGUCAUGUAUGCCCAGGAGAGAAAAACCGCGACAAGGAAACCUCGUUGAAACAGAAGACAACUGUCGAGUCGAAGCCAGCUCUUGAUUCAGGUCGUCAAGAAACUCAUGAAUGUAAGACAUGCUUACAGACGUUUCCAUCCACACGCUCCUUGAGUAACCACAGGCGUUCUCAUGCGGGUGUAACUAGUCCUUGUGUAUGUUCCAUCUGUCACAAGGGGCUUUCCUCUAAAAGGAGUUUGCUGAGACACAAGCAAAGUCAACACAGUUCAACCAAUCGUUUUGUUGAAGACAAAUUACGUUCCAUAGGUGAAGGCAUUAAACAUAACAGCAACAGUGAAAUGAACACGUGUUGCAAAACAACAGAGCGUUUCCGUACCGCCGAAGCAUUGUCCGGUACUUGCGAUUGUAUACAGCUCCGUGCGUCAAAGCAAGGCGAUGAAGAAUCGUCACAGAAAACGACUUCGCCACCCAAGAAAACUCAACCGUCAAGAAAUAACGAACAAAGCUUGGAGCCAAACGGAGAAGGCAUCGUGGGCUUAUGGAAUUGCCUUUACUGUGAAAAGCAAUUUAAAAGUGACAGUGGCUUGCGAAGACACUCCAGGGAAAAACACCGUAGGAAAAAGUGGAAAGAGUAUGAAAAGGAGGCUGCCCGACCUUUCAAACGCUCGUAUUGUGACGAAGAAUUUAAAAGUCUCACUGGAAAACAGAUGAUGUCUCCUGCCGAAGAGAUGGGGUCAAAAUCUUCUGAUCAAUCGCUAGAACUGGAAAAUGCCGUUGGCCAGACCGUUGAGAGUGACGUCCCUUUUGGCUGCUUUAGGCCGGUUUCAACCUCUGCUUCACAGCCAUCCACUAAACUGAAAGCAUUUCAGUGCGAUUACUGUUCAAAGCGGUUCCAUACGUGCAGUGUAAUGUACAAGCACUACCUUCUUGUUCAUUCCAGGUUUGGUAAUUUGGGAGAACAUGAUUUUGUUCGACCAAUGGCGUGCCCGACCAAGAAGCCAUCGCACCCGCCAGUACCCAUCCCUACGGGUACGAUAAACCCAAAGGAUAGUGACCUAGUUUCACAAGGCUAUGCAGGUGGUCUGGGACAUAGUCCUCUUCAUGUCAACUUCCCAGAUAUAGUAUCUACUACUGAGGAAGACAUGGAUUCGUUCGCAUGCAGAAUUUGUGCCAAGCUCUUCCAGACCAAAAUUGACUGGACCGCUCACGUCAAUGACGAACACAAUGGUGUUGAACGAGUGCCACGUGGGAUCUGUAAUCCUUCAAGACCAGUUUUAAGACCAAUUUCGGUUUCUUUCGAAAACAAUAGCGUGCGACUACCGAGAAAGAGAGGGGUCACUUGCAGACAAAUCAGCAAUGACAAAGAAGUGUGUGCGAAGAACAUGGCCACACCCAAUCACGUCGUGUGUCUUCCCACAAUGCCGGCUAUCUCUAACACGUUGCAAUGCGACAUUUGUUUUCUCUUUUUCAGUAGAAAGGACUGUGUUUCACGUCACAAGAAGAGCAAGCAUUGCGAUGACACACCAUUUCAAUGUAAUAAUUGCGGGUAUGCUUCCAAAAGAAAUGACCAUAUGGUAUAUCAUUAA